CGGCGGGGAUUCCUCCCUCAGUCAGUACCGAGCUGCCAUCAGUCUGUGCACAACACACUGACCUUGUCAAGCAAUGGCCGAGAAGAAGGCUGAAGAAGCGACCUCGCAGAUUAACAAUGAGGAAACAGCAGAGGGACAAGAAAAUGUUGAAGAAACUGACCUGGGGCCUUUUGUAAUAAUCAUUGGACAGCAGAUGCCUUCUUCUUUCUUCAUGUUCCAGUUUAAAAAUGUAGAAUAUUCAUCCGGGAGGAAUAAAACAUUUUUGUGCUAUUCAGUGGAAGAAGAGGGUGCGGAGUGUCGGAAAACUGAAGGAUAUGUGGAGGAUGAGCACACAACUAUGCAUGCUGAAGAGGCCUUCUUCACAGACGUCUUCAAGGGGUGUGAUGGCAAGCUGAAGUAUUCCAUCAUUUGGUACGUGUCCUCCAGCCCCUGUGCGCCCUGUGCUUCCAAAAUUGUAGCUUACCUGAAGCAGAGUCCCAACGUCUGUCUCACCAUUUUCAUUGCCCGCUUAUUCAUGUGGGAAGAGCCCGAGAUCCAACAAGGCCUGAAGCUGCUGAAAGCCGCUGGUUGCCGAUUGAGGAUCAUGAAGGCUCCCGAGUACAACUACUGCUGGAACACCUACGUCGAAAAUGAGGGGGAACCGUUUGCACCCUGGGAAGACCUACCAACCAGUAGCUCGGCUUAUGAAAGGAUUCUUAAUGACAUUCUACAACAUGCCUAGAAGGGUGAGGCAUUUUGGCUUGUCCCCAAAUAAUAGGGGUUGCCACAGUCUGAUGCUUCUCCUCCAUCCACCCCCCCCCCCCCCCCCCCC